GGCAAUGAUUGUUUUCGAUUAAAAGUGAAAGUAAGGACUUUUAUAAAAUUUGUAUCUACUUAUUAAACAGUAUUUCUCGUUUAACACACGAUUUAUUAAUAGAAGAUUUAAAUAAGAAAUCAUUCGCCAUUAUUGACAAGACCUAAAUUUAUUGAGUUCUGUCUUAAAGGUUAUAUAUUCCUUUGCAAAUAAAACUAUAAACAGAAAAUGGUCCAGCAUUGGAUGAGUUGGUGUCGCCUUUGCGCACGGGAGGAUCCUAAUAAUACUCACAUUGAUGUGUUCCUUGAAAACACAGAGGGUCUACCAUUAACCAGCACAAUAGCCCAAUGUUUUUCAAUCGAUAUCAACAGUUUUAGCAACUUACCAAAUAAGAUAUGUUUCGAAUGCUAUCGACUAAUCAGAACAGCAAUUGACUUAAACGAGAGAAUAACUAAAGUCUCAGUUAUGUUUGAGGAGCUGCAUGUUACUUACAAUGAUAAUAAGGAGGCAGAAUUUGACUCACACAUAAUAAAAGCCCGACAUAAUCUUGAAUAUGACAUUGAGGUUUUUGCUACAAAUUAUUCUUCCUUGGAACAUCCCAAUGACUUAGAAACAAAAGAUACAAUUCCAGGAAUAGAUGAACAAAUGAUUGAUCAGGAAAUGGUGAAUUGUGACAAUAUCAUUGACGCCGAACCUAUCAAAAUUAAGAUAGAAGCGGACGAAGAAGUUGAAAGUAACUGCGAUGAAAAUGUAUAUUCUCAAAGCCCAAGCGAAGAAAGCUCUGAUAGCAGCAGUGCUGACACUGAAAGGAGAACAGUUGCAGUCAAAAAAAGGCCAAAAAGGAGAUACAGAACAAAGAAACAAAGAGAAGCCGAAGACCUGAAUAAACCUUUUUGCUGCCCCGAGUGUAAAAAGGGUUUUUUGAAAAUUCACAACUAUCGGCGGCAUAUGCAGUUUGCUCACGACAUCACCUUGGAUCUCGAACCACAGCGGUUUAUAUGUGAGCAUUGUGAUAAGGAAUAUAAAACAAGUUCAGCUUUAAAGGAACACCUACGCUCACAUACCGAGGAGCGAACUCUUCAAUGUAGAUAUUGCGAUAAGAAAUUCAAAGGCAAUCCUACUUUAAAACAUCAUGAAGAAACUCACAAUAAUAAAAAAUACAUUUGUGAUAUUUGUGGCCUGAAAUUGAAUACACAACAAACCCUAAGAAUGCACAUGGUUGUCCAUUCGGAUCAGAAAAAAUACAAAUGCGAUCACUGUGGAAAUGAGUUUAAGAGGGCAAAAGCUUUAAAAAACCAUCUCAUCCUACAUACUGGACUGAAACCGUAUUCCUGUGAUUUUUGUGAUAAAACCUUCGCUAGCGGUCCUAACUGUCGUAGUCAUAGGAAGAAAAGUCAUCCCGUAGAAUUUGCCAAGCAGGAAGCUGCUGGUAAACAAUACACAGCAAAAGCAAAAAUACCUACCUUGAGCGAGUUGAAAACUGUAACACCAGUUAUAGCAAUGGUUAGUAAAUCAAGUGACCAUAGAAAGGAGGAAAGUGGAUCACGUUCAUCAAAAUCCAGAGUCGAUCGGGAUAAACUAUUGGAUUCUUCAUCUUCUUUAGAUUGUGAGAAACCUUCGUCAGACUUCUGUCAUGGUAUUUUUGACAAAAACUUGUUCUACUUCACUGUGGGCUAUGUCUCACCGGAAAGAGCAGUUCCCGAAUCCAUCCGGAAACCUCCCUAUUACUUCAAAUACAUGCCACCCGGCAAUACCAUCGGUGAGGUUGAAAUCAAAUCCAACGAACAAGUUCAUCGUCUUAGAGCCAGUUGCAGGUUAGCCGCCAAAAUCCUCCACUCUUGUGAGGACAUCGUCAAGAUAGGAAGCACAACAGACGACAUCGAUGCGUUCGUUCAUGACAAAAUCAUUGCCGCGAACGCCUAUCCAUCGCCCCUGCGUUAUGCUGGCUUUCCGAAAUCUGUGUGCACCUCGGUUAACAAUGUCGCCUGCCAUGGCAUCCCAGAUAACCGGCCGCUCAUGGACGGCGACAUCGUGAACGUUGACAUAACAACCUACUACAAUGGUUACCACGGCGAUUGCUCGAGGACAUUCAUGGUAGGGAACGUGGACGAAAGGGGUCGUUACUUAGUUUCAUGUACCGAGGAAUGCCUUAUGGAAUCGAUUAAACUCUGCAGCCCAGGGAUACCGUUUAAUGCGAUUGGAAAAUUCAUAAGCACUUUUGUGAAAAAGAAGAAGCUAGGGCUGAUUCCGGCGUUCAUUGGACAUGGCAUCGGAAGCUACUUCCAUGGGCCACCUGAGAUCCUUCAUUAUAAAAACAGCGUACCGGGGGUCAUGCAGCCAGGCAUGUCCUUCACAAUCGAACCGAUUCUAACUCUGGGUGGACCCGAUAUUGAAAUCCAGGAAGAUGGCUGGACCGCGAUUAGCGUGGAUGGGGCGAGAAGUGCUCAGUUCGAGCACACCGUUCUCAUUACCCAGACGGGAGUAGAGGUUCUGACCAAUAAUAUGGUUAAACAUUGGAUGCAGUGGUGUCGGCUUUGUGCCCGGGAAGACCCAAACAAUUCUCACGUAAAUGUAUUCUAUGAAGAUGAAAAAGGGCUAGCCCUAUCGGAUACACUCAACAAAUGCUUUUCAAUAGAUAUAAACCAUUUCAAUGAUUGGCCUCACAUGAUUUGUGUUCAUUGCUAUUUCCUGGCCAAAUCGAUUAUCAAUAUGUCUCAGCGAACAUCAAAGGUCCACGCUAUGUUUGCUGAGCUAUUAGAUGGUGACGAUGAUUUAGACGCGGAUAGGGUCAAAGAACGAUAUGACCUACAUAGAAAUUCUGAUAUUAAAUUUGAUCUAAAGCUACCUGUAGGUGAUACCACAACGGCGGUUGUUGAUGCGCUAGAAAUGCCAAUAGAAAUGAACGAACAAAUGGUGGAUGUUAAUGAGUUGCAAUACAUCGAUAGUGACAUGUUGAAUACCACGGCCAUAAAGACCGAAGAUUCAGAUGAAGAUUAUCUACUAGAUCAAUCAGAUCGAAUACCUACACCACAAGAUGUGAGUUCCUCUGACGAUGAUGAUUCCCUAAAAAGUGAAGUUCUAUCAGAGGACCUUUCGAAUGAUGAAAAACAAAAAAAGAAUAAGACUAGAAAUAAGAAUAUGACGAAGACCAAGAGAAAAACAAAAUUAACAGGAAAAAAAGGAGCAGCAGAAAACGACGUGCCAGCGGCGCCAAAAAAGCAACUUAAUCGUAGAAGAAUGCGAACGGAGCCCAUUCAAUGUGAAAAAUGCCCGAAGAGUUUUUUUCGAGUUCAGUUUCAUCGUCGUCAUAUGGAGAAGUUUCAUGGGAUUACAGUGGAGGAUACAGAACCGAAGAAACCAUUGGAAUUUGUUUGUGAAGAGUGCGGUAAGAAAUGCAAGAGCUAUUGGGCCUUAAGGGAUCACCAGUUGACGCACAGUACCGAGAGACCUCUGAAAUGCGCCCAUUGUGAGAAGCUAUUCAAGAACAAACAGACGCUUAAGAUCCAUGAAGAUAUACACAACGAAACUAAUUAUAUUUGUGUCAUAUGUGGCUUAAAAUUGAACACCCGCCGAACAUUGCGAAUGCACAUGGUUGUCCAUUCGGAUCAAAAACAACACAAAUGCGAUUAUUGUGGCAACGAGUAUAAACGUGCCAAAGCAUUGAAAAAUCAUCUUAUCCUACACACGGGUCUAAAGCCUUAUACGUGUGAUUUUUGUGACCGGACUUUUGCAAAUGGUUCCAACUGUCGCAGUCACAAAAAGAAAUCACAUCCCGUUGAGUUGGCUGCAAUGGAGGCAGCUGGAAAAAAUAGUAUAGCUGCUGGUAUACCGAAAUUAGAAGAUCUCAGAGCCAAAACUGCGUCAAAAUUAAAAAUUGCUCAACUCAAUAAAAGUAGUGAAUUGGAUAAAAAUGAACGUAUCAGUGAUGAAAACAAAACCGAUAUCAAUGAAUCAUUGAGGGAAUUGAAAUCGUUCAUAACUAGCGAAAGGACGACGACACAAAUUCAAUCAAUAGAAUUCGAUCAUGGAGUAUUUGGAUCAAUGCCAGCGAGUUAAAAUUUGUCAAAACAUACAAUUUAAGUUCUUUGGUUUGUUUUUAAAAGAAAAAAAGUGUGUAAGUAGUCUAGGCUAGACAUUUACAUACUUAGGUUAAGUAAUUUUAUUUUGGUCAACUGGGAAAUCAGUGACAUUCUAAGAAUUCAUACACCCACCAUUUAAAUUUUAUGCUAAACGCACCAAAAACAUGCAUAAGUUAAUUCCUUUUACUUUCGACGAGUUAAAAUAUGAUUUGAUUUAACUCUGUUUUGAAACUGAAAGAACCCUUUGUACUUAUUUGCAUUACCCUUUGUACUUAUUCUAUCUGCAGACAAAAUUUAUAUUAAAAAUUGAACUAACUCCCUGUGUUCUGAAAUAUUGCACAUAUUUGAGGUAAGAAAAGAUGAAGAGUUACAACUUUCAAAAUUACAUACAGUUUCUCCCUCCACUAAUUAUACAAAGAAAAUGCAAAUUUUCGCAAUGCAAUUUCUCCAAGAAAAUGUAUAAAAGUAGCAGAACUUUACCAUCACUUUAUAGCACAUUUGAGCUCAAAUUAAGUUAAAAAAACUACAUUUUAAGUUAUUAAUUAGCAAAUAAAUUAAUAAACAAAACAAUUCCUUAAUUUAACCUCUCAUAUAUAUUCGCAGACUCACUGUUGUUUUCACUGUAGUAACUCUAUAAUGGUACUUCUGCUUUCCAAUGACAAUAUUAUUAUUUACCUUGAAUUAAAGAAGACAUUUAUUUAAAUUUAAGAUAGUUCUAUGCUCCACGUCGAAAUGGUAACAAAAAGAAAAAAAAACGUCUUUGGAAAUUCGAAAUCGGUUGAGUUUUAUUAUCGCUAACAAACUGAUACGACUUAUCAGCAUGACGUUGGAAAAUGCUCGUUGCUGCCUCAAAAUUGGAAGAGACUCAGCCAAAACCUUUGUAAACACUAGAGGACUUCGACAAGGCGAUGCGCUGUCAUGUAGCAGCUUCAAUAUUGUUCUUGAAAGGGUGGUGGGCUACCCCAACGCCAAUACAAGUGGAACGGUCUUUCAAAAAUCCACACAAUAUCUUGGAUAUGCAGAUGACAUCGACAUUAUGGGAAGAACAUUAUCGAGGAACGUCGCUUAUGGUAUGCGGAUGGUUUGCAAGUUCUGGUCUUCGGGACUUACAUUUUGUGUUAAAAUGUACCAAACAAAUAUCAUGUCCAAUGCAGUGAGCUUUAGGAAAAGAUCGUGAUUAUUAUAUGACUGCCUCACAAAAGUGCUUAAAAACAUAGAUAAAGGCACCGGAUCUUAAUGCAGUCGAGCAUACUCUUAUAUGUAUGCCUUGAACUGGAACGUCGUCGUGUUACUCAAAAGAAUUUUAAAAAUAUUUAGGACCUUAAGGCGGACGAUCAAGAAAAACGUCAGAAAAUUAGUUUUGGAAUUAUGGUGAAAACUUUUCAAUUCAAUACUUCGGCGACUUGAGGAAGCCAUUAAAUCGAAAGGAUACGCAACUAUUACUAAAUAUUAUUAGGUGUACGGUUGUUUGUGAGGUACUGAAUCAUAGAGUAAAUUAGCUGUUUAAUGUUUUAAAUUAAAAUGUUGGUUUAUUUAAAAUAAAAACAAGUUUGAAUGUUAUAUAAAAUGUUUAUAAAGUUCUAUACUCUCCAUACAUUUUCUUGGAGAAAUAGCGUUGCCAAAAUUUCUUUUUUAUGUAUCCGAUUUGUUGUCGGAGCCACUGUAGGCCAUAACUUUGAUUUUAUUAUUAUAAAUUGACGUAUUUGUUCUCUUCUAGGCUCAAGUUUUUUGGCACAAAAUUAAUUAAAUGUUUUGACACCUGAACUUUAAUACAGCUUGUCGAUGAGCCAACUCGAAUCCCUGACGUUGCAGGUCAAUCCGCCAACACCCUAGACUUUUUUCUUACCUCAGCCCCUAAUAAAUGUACAAUCAGUGUAUUACCGCCUCUAGGCACAUCAGACCAUUGUAUCGUAUCUGCAUGUCUUCUCAUGUCUAAAAAACACGUUUGGCAAUAUGAGAUAGCCAACUGGGACGGUCUUAAUGAAUUCUUCAGAAACUUUAACUGGUCACUAUGAUACCUCAAUAGUGACGUGGAUUCCAGCGCAGAUAUGGUUACAUAUUUAAUUCUUUGUAGAAUGAGAAAUUUUAUCCCGAAUAGGGUAAAAUCUAUCAAAACCAAAGAGAACUCAUGGUUUGAUUCGAGCUGUUAAGAGGUUGUAAGUUUCCGUUGUUAUAAAGCCAACCCGACUGAGGAAAACCAGAAUAAGUUCAAACAAGCUAGAAAGACAUGUAAUGGUCAUAUUCGUCGAACCAAAUUUUUGCAUGAUCAGACA